GUUGCGUCACAGUCCACACUAUGGUGAGUUCAAGAACCGCCAAAAUUAGUAGGACAAAACGAUGUUCAUUUUACCAGUACCAAAAUAUUGGUAUCAUGACAACAAAUUGGUCUGCAAGAGAGGUGUGGAAGUCUACUAUUCGCUUGUCUUUCAUUCAGCCACCACUGGCAUCAUUAUAGUGUUUGUGUGUGAGUGAGUGAGUGGGCGGGAGCCGAGUGUGGGCGGAUUGUAUUUCACUCUUGUCUGUCAUGUGUAGACACGCUCAGUAGUGUUUAUGUGUAUGGUGUUGCAUGUUCCCUUCAGGUGCAUGUGUGGGUCAAUGAUAAUGAAACUCCACACCUGUGUUGCUGCAGUACUAAAAAUGUAUCCUGCAGCACAACAUGUAGGAGAGUACAACUGUGAGGUGGUGAUGGGGAGAUGCAGGGACAUAUAACCCUCCCCCUUCCUGCUCCUCAUCACCCCCCCGAUUCAACGUUGGCCGCACGUCACAGAAAGGAAGACCCAAUGGGAGGAGGCAGACUUCCCCCGUAGCUCCUCCUCCCCCCACGCUGCUUUAUAUAUGCCCUGCCACCGCCUGGGCUCAGCCCAGUGCACAAUGUGCAGCCUUGCGUCCGGCAGCCACCGUACGGGAGGACAAAAGCAGGAUUCCAAGGAUUGACUUCUUCCCAAACGAGCCGAGUCAAGCCCCCAAAGAUGGGCUGCACCACGGGGCCCCUGGCUUGCCAGCCGCAAGAGGGGCAAUCCCUGGAAGCCGGCGGCGCCAAAGUCCCUGAGGUGCUCUCCUCCCUGGAGCGUCUCUCGCAGGCCACCGGCGGCAUGGAGAAGUCCUGGUACCGCUGCAUCUUCCCCUUCGGCAUCAUCUCCCUGGUCAUCGGCGUGGCGGGGACCGGGGUGACCUACACCUACAACGACCUGCCGCAAACCAAGGUGGUGUCGGUGGCGCUGCUCGUCACCGGACUGCUGCUGCUGGCGAUGGCCACCGCCUGUUGGAGCGUGCACAAGAAGAAGCGGCGGAAAAAGAAGGAGGCUGGCGGCGGCGGCGGCGGGUCCUUCACCUCGGAGCAGUGCCCCCUGUGAUGCCCAACUUGAAAGCAAAAGGUCGGGAGUUUUGACCUCCUCAUUCAUGCGUGGUGUGGCAUCGCCCGGACCCGCCCGGGGAGUUCACUCGGGUUCUGUUUAGUCUGGGAACAUUUUGGACUGGGAAGGAGGGCUCCGCCACCACGUCAGGUUUCUGGUGUCAAAACAACCUCCAAGGAGACACUGGAAUAUGCACUGCACACUGCAUGCAUAAAUCACACACACUCUUACACACACUCACACAUACACCCUCCCCACGCUAUGCAGAACAAGCCACGUCCAUCGGUGCCGCCGUCGGGCGUCACCGGACAAGUCACCCGCAGCAUUCCUCCCGCCCGGGACAGGUGACUCUCGGAAGACCGCAACCCGACACCCGGCGGACCCACGUCAGCGGACGGCGUCAUCGCCUCGUCCUGUGACACCGCAGCAAUGUGUCCGGAGCGGGGAGG